AUGACGGUGCCUGACCUAGAAUUGGACCUGCUGUGUUUUCUCAGAGAACUCAACGAGCAGGAGUUCAAGAAGUUUAAGCAGUGCCUGCAGCAGGAGCCCAUGUGGCUGGAGCUCCCACAGGCUCCGCUGUCCGACCUCCAGCAGGCCGGACGGGAGGAUGUGGUCGAAGCACUGAUGGCCGCUUACGAGGUUCAGUACACGUGGAACUUGGCCUUCAACUUGUUUGCGAAGGUCUCACGCCAAGAUCUCUGCGAUAAGAUCACGAGGAGAAAAAAACGUCACAAAGAGAUCAACAAAGCCCUCAUAGAGACAAAAGUCCUGUGCCAGUGGGAGAAAGAUUACUUCGGGUCAUCGCAUGAUAAUUUUGCCGAGGAAGUGGCAUUCCAGCAUUUGUACAUCCUGGGUAGAACUUUCACUCUUGAAGAUGGCUAUUAUGAAGAGAAUCUGAACACCUUCAUGUUGGGAGACAACGCGGUCGGGAAGACCAUGGUGGUGAGGGCCGUGCUGGCCUCGUGGGUCAGCGAAGAACUUUGGCAGGACAUCUCCCAUGUGGUCUACCUCACAUCCCAAGAGGUCAACCAGACCCCCCACUGCAGCCUGGUGGAUCUCAUCUCUAAAGACUGGCCCGGGGGCACAGCGCCCAUCGCUGACAUCCUGUCGGAACCCAACAGGCUCGUUUUUAUCCUGGAGGACUUGGACAACAUAAAUUGGCCCUUGGAUGUGGAGGAAUCCGCCUUGUGCAGCGACAUCAGAGAGCAGGUGUCCAUGUCCGUCCUGCUGGCCAGUUUGCUGCAGCGGACGCUGUUACCAGGCUGCUGGUUCCUGAUCACCUUGAGGUGCAGUGGCAGAGGCACCAUGAGGGCCCUGAUGAAGGAUUCCGAUUGCUUCCUGACCAUGCAGUUUGGCGAUGACAAGAGGGAGCGGUACUUCACCUUGUUCUACAAGGACCAGCAGAGGGCGAGCACAGCCUGCAAACUCGUGAAUGACAAUGAGGUACUGAGGAGCCUGUGCCGGGCCCCUGUGCUCUGCUGGAUCCUCUGCAUCGCCCUGGGCAGCCACAUCGACCGGGCGGACGACCUCAGCUCUUCCUACCAGACGCGUGCCGACGUGUUUACCCGCUUCCUGGCCGCCGUAUUGAGUUCAAAUGUGAGCCGCGCUGACCGCCCACGCCGCCUGGCACUUCUGGAGCGUCUCUGCGCACUGGCCGUGGAAGGGCUGCUUCACAACACCCUGAACUUCCAAGACGAGGACCUCCGGAGCGUGGGUCUGAGCCAGGAGGACGUGUCCACUCUGGAGACCUUCAGGCUUCUCCUGCCCAGCAACAGCCUGCCGGGUCACUACACCUUCAUCCACCCCAAGAUGCAGGAGUUCUGUGCGGCCAUGGCGUACAUGAUGGUCCUGGUCCACCACCAGCUCCCCCGGCUCAGGAACAAGCCGGAAGACAAGAGAGAGGUGUACUCGGACUUCAGCCCGGUGGUCGCGUGGAUCUUCGGGCUGCUCAACGAGAAGAGGAGACGGAUCCUUGAGGCGUGCGUGGGCUGCCGGCUGCUGGACGCGCCCCUGCGGCACCACUUUGUGCAGUGCCUGCAGGUCUGGGGGAGCCAGGGCCAAGCCAUUGAUUUCCACAUGCCGCUGUUUUACUGCCUCUUUGAGAACCAGGAGGAGGCGUUUGUGAGGCAGCUCAUGGACUUCUUCCCAACAGUCAACGCCUACAUGCAGUCCAGCAGGGACCUCAUGGUGUCAGCCUACUGCCUCCAGCGCAGCCAGGCCCUGCACAAGCUCAAGCUGAGCCUUCUGGAUCUCUUCAAACCUCAGGACCCCCACUUGAGGCUCUCCACGUGCCAGGUGAAGAGCCUUGCCUACUGGAGAGAUAUCUGCUCUUUGCUCCACACCAACGAGAACUUUCGGGACCUGGAGAUCAGUAACAGUGAGUUCGACACUACCUCUGGGCGGAUCCUGUGUAAGGCCCUGAUGCACCGCCACUGUCGGCUGCAGACCGUCAGGUUGUCCCAUGUCACGGUGGGUUCUGAUUUGGACGACUUGCUCAAGGUCAUUGUCGGUCUCAGGAACCUGACGUUUCUGAGCCUCAACGGGAUGCGGCUGACUUCCCGGAUAUAUGCCGUUCUGCGGGAGGCGCUGGCGAGUCCCACGUGCACCGUGCGGCACCUGCGGUUGCUCUUCUGCUGUCUGACGGAAGCGUGCUGCAAUCCCCUGGCGACCGUCAUGUUGCUCAACAAAACUCUGAAACACCUAGACCUGAGCGUGAACUUCCUGCAGAACAGUGGUGUGUUGAUCUUGUUGAUGCCUCUAGUGUUUCCGAUCUGCACGAUACAGGAGCUGGAGCUGUCCGGUUGCUUCUUCAACAGCGAUGUGUGUUGUAACAUCAGCACAGCCAUCCUCCGAAACCCAAACCUGCGGAGCCUGGAGCUUGGGAGCAACAACCUAGGCAACGAGGGCGUGGUGCUGCUGUGCCAGGCGCUGGAGUUACCCAGCUGCAACCUGGAGAACCUCGGGUGGGUACCCGCUCGACCACUCUGCUGCGUGCAGCUCGCGGAGCCUGAAGAGGGCAUCGCCGCCAUGGCCGAUCGCUUACGAACAGCAGCGAGCUGCCGCGCCUGUUAUAACUACCUGCAGGACCCGGUGACCCUCAAGUGCAGCUAUGUGUGCUGCAGGAGCUGUGUGGGCACCCUGAAGAGGAAGCCUGGUGGGAGGGUCCUGUGUCCAGUCUGCCGUAAGGUCUCCAGGCCGAAGGACAUCAAGCGGGUUCGCCAGAUGGGGGUCCUGGUAGAAGCUUUGGAGAAGCUAGAGCCCCUCCUGGAGGAAGUUUUGCAGAUGAACCCCAACGUGCGGAAAUUCCAAGUGGACGUGACCUUGGACGUGGACACAGCCAAUGAGUACCUGUUCAUUGCUGAGGACCUGAGGAGCGUGGGCUGUGUGUCUUCCCCUCAGACACGGAGGGAGAGUGCCGAGAGGUUCGACAUCUCCAUGUGCGUGCUGGGCUCCCCACGCUUCACCUCCGGCUGCCAUUACUGGGAGGUGGACGUGGGGAGCUGCCAGGAGUGGGACGUGGGCAUCUGCAGCGACUCCGUGAAUCGGAAAGGGCCCGUGAGGCUGAGCGCAGAGUGCGGCUUCUGGACUGUGAGCCGCAGAGACUGUGACGGCUUCACCGCCAGCACCGAGCCCCCGACCUUGCUCCAGGCCCAGCCGUGGAUACAGCGUUUGAGCAUCUUCCUGAACGUGGAUUUGGGGAGCGUCUCCUUCUACAACACCACAGACGGAGUCUGCAUCUUCAUGUUCACCAAGAUCCCCACCGACAGCCCACUGCGGCCCUUUUUCGCUCCUAGGAGAGCACCGGACGGCCAGCAGGGCUUCCUGAGUCUGCCUGCUGUGGCAGCUGGGGGGCACUCUGCCCGCCCCAACCCCAGCCCCUCCAGCUCAGGACGGGUCGACCUCUGUCCACAACAGCCCGCUCAGGAAACGGAAACUGUGAACCAGCAGCCCUAA